AUGCCUUCAAUCACACAUGCCAGGAGACCGUCAGCAGUUACAGAUUCCUUAUCUGGACAUCGACGGUCCAAUCCUUCGCCCGCCUAUUCACCGCAGGAACAAGAAAAUACCACGUUGUUUAAUUUAGAAAAAGUGGUUCAGCGCUAUGGUGGUCAGCCCCAAUUAUUGGAAUUAAUUCUGUCGAGUAAAGUGGAAGAAGAUCGUCGUCGCGCCGAAGAAGCCAAACUGAAACGAAAGGAAAUCGACUAUUUACUGCAACAUCCUCACUGUGAGGAAUCAUCGGUCUGUCGUUCUUCUCCAUCGCCACCCUCUCCGUCACAGCAAUCCGUGUCUCCCUAUCAUUCCAUUGCUCGUACAUCACCCGUCCCACAUUGGCGAAGGAUGAGUCACAACAUCAACCAAAAACCCCACAACAUAAACAACAGCAGUAACAACAACAACAACACUAAUGCAGCGUCCCCUUUUCGAGAUAGCAUCUCUUCUUCACGUUCAUAUCAGCUUUCGGUACCCGCUGGCUCCAGGGAUCGGCCACAGAGAAAUACAUCCAUCAAUGAUAAUGCUGAAAACCAGCAUAGUAUCCCCCACCAAAAUACCGCUGAUUCUACCCUUCCGCGGUUGAAUUCUUCCUCCGACCAUCCUUCCAUCCAGCCGGAUUCCGCGGGAUCCUUGUCCGCUAGUGUGACAAAUAGCACUGGGAAUAAUCAGAAAACCAGUCCCACUUUGGUCCCAUAUUCUAUUUAUCGUGGACCUGUCGAUCCAAUGUCCUCUGCGUCCACCCAAUCCCCGACGCUGCGGACAUCGUCACAUCAAUUUCCACUCCUCCCAGCAUCAUCUACCACCCCCAACGAUUCAAAAUCCGACAACGAUUCCCAUUAUACCAGCUCUUCGCUCUCCACGCCAUGUGACCCAGUUUUACCGCCUAUCUCUCCCGAUACCAGACUCACUUCCCCUUAUUCGCCUGUCAAACGCUUAUCUUUACCGUCGUUGACACAGUCGCUGGAAAAUUCGUCGUUCUCUGAGACUGAAUCGCUCAAAAACACCUUAGCUCCCGUACCUGAAAUUAGUCCCAAUCCCAGACCGCGUUUUUUGGCUCGUCUUGAUGAACUUGAAAGAAAGGAAAAGGCCAAACAACUGUUGUCUUCGCCUGAGGAUGUGUCCGAUUUGCGAAGAAAAAGCAGUACUUCGAGUUACCCAUCCGAUCAAAAUGACACCCAGUUUCAACCUAGCAAACGACGACGUCGGGAGAUGCAGGCCAUCACCACCAUCAUAGAAACUCGUGACUUUCCCUACAAUGAUGAUUACCUUUGGAAAAACAACGGAAACACCAUUCAGAAAAAAACAGGCUUGAAAAGCGUCUAUUAUAAAUGCUCCAACAGUAUGAAUGGAUGCCCGGUGAAUAAGACGGUCAUCUUCAAGGGAGAUGGUGCUUAUCUUAUCAAAUAUCGAGGUCGUCAUAUGAAUGAAUGCAACCGCAUCAAACGCAUUAUCGACAAAUGA